AUGCGUUUACCAGCGCCUAAAGACGACCAGCAGGCUUCUCCAGACUCUCACUGGAGCAAGAGGAGGCGGCUCGAUGACCAGGAACAACACUUCAACCUGGCAGAGAUUCUGGUUACCUGUACGCGAGACGGAAAGACUCACUCCGUUCCUCUCGUGUCAUUUAUCCCAUCCAAUCUCCUUAACAUCGAGAAGCCGCAAGUCUACCAAUUCAGCUACGACCUCCUCCGCACCUGGCUCGAGACUUGCUGCGGUAUGCCGCCAGAAACCCCUUUGGCGGUGCUGCUGCACGCCUCCGAUGGCAGUCCCAAUACAAGCAUCGUCGAGAACAAAUGGAACUUUGCCAAAGUGCUCCAUCGGAUCUGGAAUGGCACCUGCGUGGUUCCCUACGAUGCAGAGCUCAAAUUCUAUCUCCCGGUCGCAGAUGCGUGCGAUACCCCUAACGCGGCGAAGGACGACCUUCCGCAGGAUCCUGUCCCUGCGGCCCAAAAGGAAGACGACCAGGCCGCAACUGACCAGCCCCGUGCGCCCGUUCUGGAUCUGACCAAGGACGACUCCGACGACGACCAGGUGGAGGAUGCUGCCGACGAAGCCCACCUUCUGAUUGGGUUUGACCCCAAGAAGUGGAACAUGACACGCCGCAUGUUCCAGCUCGACCAGGUCCCCGAGAGGAGAGAGGCCAAGUACCGGCUGCGCGGCAUUGCCCGCCCUCCUCACAUGUACCAGCUCAUCACCGUGUGGAACAUUCUUACGAACCCGAUUACUACGGGCGUGAGCGGGCUGAUGAUUGGUUGGGAUGUCGGCUUCGGCAAGACCAUGCUGACCCUCGUCUUCUUGCGGAUCAGGGCCGAGCUCGCGAUGCAGUGGGUUGAGGUCAAACGCGAGUGGGAGGCGGCCAAGAAGGGUGGCCUCGUCGAGCGCAGGCACUGGCCCGAGGGUGCCCAGGAGCCGCAGUCUCGCUGCCCUUCUUAUGUCCCGACCUACCAUAAGGGUGUGCUUGAGGGCAGUAUCCAGUGUCCCUGUGUCCCCGGUUCUCAGUCGCGAGAGAUCUGCGAGUGGUACCUGACCAAUACGCCUGCCCUCAUCGUCCUACCCGCUGGCCUAAUCCCGAACUGGCUCGAGGAGGCGGCGAAGGUGUACGCCGACAUGGACCCGAACGAUGCCGACAGCGAUCCUCUGAUGACUUUCUUGGUCUACUCCAGCGAUUUAAAGUCGAAGAAUGGCGAGAUAGUGUUGCCCAGACCCAAAAACACCCGCGGCUGGAAGGAAAUCUCAGAUACGAAGGGAGGCCAGGUGGUCUCCUCUGACGAGUAUGGAACCGAGGAGCUUCUUUUCAUCUCAGGUGGCAGCGGGAUAGCACGGGACAUCUUCAUCGCGAGCAGCGCGGCUGUUGAUAGAAUGCUGAAGUGCUUUAAUGAAGCUGACACAUACUACAGCCAGUGGAAAAAAAUCAAGACGAGGAUCCUCACCGUCGGGGCCUUCGUCAUGGAUGAGUUUCACCUCUACAAGGGGACCAAUGACGCCACUCUCGCCUUCAACCACCUGAAGACCAUCGCCGGCUGUGCAAACCACCCCGUCUCUCUCAUCACGCUUUGUGGCACGACGCUGGAGGAAGGACCUUCCGCGUUCCAGCAUGUUAUCCAGCAUUUCGUCAAUCAGCACAAGAAAUUUCGCAAUGGGGACAACGACCUGCGGUGUAUUGAUAAGCAUGGGUACCGCGUUACGAACGAACAGUUUGAGAAGAUGAAGCAGCUGUUCAGGUCUGCCGUGCAGGGACUGGGCUUUCAGGGGAGGAGUGUCGAGGAGAUUAAGAAGGAGCUGGCACCAUGUGUCUCCUUUUGUCGGCAGUUUAUGGAUUGUCUCCGCCGGGGGCAAAAGUACCGUGGCAAGCCGAUCGACCCGCUCCCUCCUCUUCUCCUCAUACCACUUCUCCGUCUUUCUCCCCAAGCAUGGCUAUGA